GAAGGUGUUUUAAAAACCCAACUGCUUCAGCAGGAGUGCCACUUUACUUGGUCUCUGAGAGAAGAAGAAGACUUUUUUCUCUGUGAUUUACUAAGUCGUCUGGAGGAACAGAUUCAGUUGGAAUCUAACGAGGCGAGAGUAACACGAGCUUACAGCAGCUUUGGAUUUGUUCAGUAUCUCUAUGGCAAUCAGAAAGAAGCUCUCGCAAAUCUGCAGAAAUCAGUGCAGCUCGCAGAGGAACACUACAAAGACAGUGAUGAAGUUCUUAGUGUUACCUAUGGAGACCUUGCCUGGCUGCAUUAUCAUAUGAAUGAUUUUUCUACAUGUCAAGAGUACUUAAGACAGUUAGAGAGGAUCCAUAGGAAAUUUUCUGAAGGAUUCACUCAUACUGUGGAGGUACUCAGAGAAAAGCUGGGUUUUUCUUAAAUUCUCUCACAAAUACUACAAUGCGUCAAAGGAAUGCUUUAGACAGGCUCUUGAACUGAACCCUGAUGACAGUGAUUUAAAUACAGGCUAUGCUAUUGCCCUGUACCGCACGACCAAUGAGACCUCUGACCCUUCAGACUCGCCAACAAUAAAACAGCUCAGAAGAGCCAUAGGGCUGAAUCCAGAUGAUGCUGUUCUAUUAGUGUUGCUAGCUCUGAGAAUGCUGCAUGACAGAGAUGAUAGCAAGAUGCUCGAUACUGCAUGGAGGAAUGUGAGUACGGCACUGCUGAAGUCCCCUGAAAACCCACAUGUCUUUAGAUACGUAGCAAAAUUUUUCCGCAAAUUAGGAAACAUGGACACUGCCAUUUCUUUACUGGAAAAAGCCCUGCUGCCUUCUCCAAGCUCAGCUUUUAUACACCAUCAGUUGGCUAUGUGUUACAAAAGCAAAAAAAUAUUCCUGGAAAUUAACUAUUGAAGACAUGGUAAAAAAGAGUCAAAUGAAAUACAGCAAUACCUGCAAAAGUAAAUCUACCAUCUGGAGAAGGCGAUUUCCCUAAAGCCCACUUUCAUUGUUGCCAUGGCAGAUUUAGCAGUGCAUUACAGACAACGUGGUACAACUUGCUGCUUUAAAGCUGAGAGAUUGUUUGAAGAAGCAUUUAAAAUUGCUAAGGAAAAGCAAGACCUGCAGGCAGUUCAUUGUUUUUAUGGCCAAUACCAGCUCUACAGCAAAAGAUCUGAACAACUGGCCAUCUAUCAUUUCAUGCAAGGUCUGAGGUUGCAGCCGAAAUCAGAGCAAGGCAAAAUGUGUGAGGAGAAACUGAACAAGAUGAUUAAACAUCGUGCUGAAAGGGUGAACAACCCGAAUGACAGCGAGGUGUGUGCUAUACAAGUAUUCAUUCAUGAAGUGAAGGGGGAAAAACUCAAGGCUGAAGAGUUUUAUGAGAAAGACCUAAGAAAUGGGCUUGAUUUAGGUGAAAGCUGUCUUUUAAAAGAGAUGAGGAUUUGGCUCAUGAGGUUCAGUGAAACAGAAAAAUCUGUUUUAAACCUGAUUUUUGAUGGAGGAAGUUAUGAUGAAGUUGGCAGUGGCAGGCUUAAGAGUUUCAAAGGUUCAAUGAACAAGAAGAUUGUGCACUUGGUUGAUAUUGAUGUUUGCAAUGCCAAGAGGAUUCUUAGAUGGGAAAAGCUGGCUCCUGGGCCUCAUGCCAUUCUGCUUGCAUUUACUCUGCAUGAAAGCCAAUUCACAGACCAGACCAAAGAGAUUCUUGAAAAUUUAGAGUUUCUUGGAGAGAAAUUUUGGAAUCAUGUCAUUGUAGUAUUUACAGAGGGAGAGUGUUGUAUAAAUGAAUAUACUGGAGCUCAGAGAAGCGUAUUGGAGUGGAUUCAUGAAAAAUGUGGACACAAAACCUACAUCUGUGGCUCUGAAAUAGAAACUACAGAAAGGAGAGAGCUGUCAGAGAGGAUACAGAGGAUGAUCAGAGGAAAUAAUUCAAUGCAUCUGGUAUUACCAGAAAUUUCAGAUGGAGAUUCUCAGUCCCCUUCAGACAUUUUAAGGAAGCUAGAUGUAAAGGAUUAUUUGUUCACUCCCGAGGUCAUCUUUCAGGAGGGACAAAAUAAAUACAGGUUACAGAGCAGCCAUGCAGGCUGGUUCCAUUGUGACUUUACAAAGCUUGGUUUUAACAUGAAGGGUGAAGGGGAGGUGCUGUACAGCACUGUUCUUCAGGACAAUGACUGUCCAGUUCCUGCCAACCAUUACCAAGCAGGACCCCUGUAUGAUAUCAAAUGUGUUCAGGGUGAGCUGUCUCAUCUCAGUCUACCUCACUGUGAGACCUCCAUCGAGGAUGCCUACCACUUCAUGUCAGUUAUACAUUACUCUGAUCAGGUUGUUGACAUUCUGAAACCUCAGAAUAUCACGAGCACACAUGUUACAGUGAGCAUCCCAGGAACGUCAAGGUUUUUUAUUUCCAAAAUACAAAACUGGUUUACGGGUGAUUGGUCUAAGACUUAUGGCCAAGUGAUGCUGUUCUACUUAAAGGAAACACAUAGGCUACACGUGUUUCUACAACCACGCAAUGUGGAUCCCAAAGAAGUGAGAAAAUGUAAUAAAGAUUAUACACUAAUCCAGUCAGCUUGUGAAUGCAUGCUCACAUUUAACUGUGAGUACAGCAUGUCCUGUGAUCCUGUUGAGGAACAUGAACUUUCAGAGAGGCCAGUAUCAAUGAUACAACCGCCGUACACAAAACUUCGCUGUGCAAAGCAGUGGAAACAUUACUAUCCAACGUUUGACAUAAAGUUACCAAAUGGUGUGAUGAAUGUGGGAUUACGCCUCAAAAAGAAAAAACCCAAGAAAAGAGAGGUUAAAGUUGAUUGGAGCCUUGACAUAGCACUGGCAGACUAUACAGCAGAAAACAGCAGACUGAACCCAUCAACCGAUAAGCACUAUACAGCAGAAAACAGAGGACUGAACCUAUCAACCGAUGAGCAGCGUGUGUCCUUUCUGAAAAACAACAGAAAAAUACUUAUCCAAAGGGUGAGAAACAUUAAUGCCAUUUUAGAUGACCUUGUUGGCGUUAUUGCAGACGAACUGUCGAGUGAAAUCAAAGCAAUGGCGACAGCUGAGGAAAAAUUUAGGACGAUCUUUAUGAUCACAGAAAAACAAGGUUUUUCGUCACAACUGAUAUUUUUCAACUCGCUUUACGAAGCCGAAAAAGCUCUUAUAGAAGACAUUCUAAUGAGAACAGACAAUAACUAGAGCAACAAAUGCUUGAAGAGAUGAAGAGAAACUGAACAGAAAAAUGUCAUUUAUGCUCAAACUCCUUCUGUAACAUUUGUCAAAUAAUUGUUAUAUUGUCAUUGAUCAGUGAUCCUUACAGUCUUUUAAUAUUAAUACUGCUUUACCAUGUAAUGUGAGAAUGUAUAGAUUGUGAUGACAGUCCAAUAAGAUCACCUGUUACCUGUAAAUAAAUGCAAGUUAUCAGUAAUUAAUUCAGAAGUCGAAGUGAAAUUUAGAAAUAUAAUAUCUUCCAUUUCAUAUUUUGCUUGAAUAUAAAUACGUGCUGUAGAAUCUUUAAAUGAUAAAUGUUGAUAGUUCAUAUGUAUAUCAAGUUUAAAUGAUGUGUAAACUGCUGAGAAUGUGUUUUUAUAAGCAGUUUGGUUCAGAUAUUUUGCAUUAAUAUUUGUAAUUGAAACACUACUGAAACACAACUGAUCUACCUGUUAUUUUGUGGGACAUUGUGAAAUGUUGUUUAUUAAAUAUCAAUACAUUUUUUUUUUUUUUUUAAUUCUCAUUAAUAUUGUUGAUAAAUAAAUGUUUAAUUUGUAUGCAGAUGUUUGAUGACUGUCCCACUGUACUGAGGGUCCUCGAGGCAAUAACUUUUUUUAAACAUAUGGUUUACCCCUUUUUGUGUGUAUUUUCUAACCUUUUUUGUAUUGUUGUUGUAUAACCUGUGCAUGUUGUUUGAAUUUGUUGGUGAGUUGUGACGUGUUGUUGUCAGUACAAUAAAAAACUCAAUUUCCCAUGAA